UAUCUCGAGAAUCGAUAAUCGUGAAUCGAGUUGGGCCGUUUGCUUUGAUCGAGUAACCUCGUCUACGUCUCGUUGGAAAACCUCGCAGGUUGAGUCCGUCCCAGGGUAAACAUAAAACUUAUUUGUCUUGAUGCCGGCUGGCUGAGGCCGCGAACGCCGAUUUGAUACGCGCGAGACGUCCUCCUCUCCAGGACCGCCGCCGCCGCCCAGACGCGGAGAUCAUUUUGAGAAAGGGAGAAGUCGUCGUUCCUCUCCGCUCUGUGAUGGAGAAUGGUUUCCAUGAGGGUUUUAAGAAACAAGUUCACUGAGGGAGAGAAGGUGCUCUGCUACGAACCGGACCCGGCCAAAACCAAAGUUCUAUACGAUUCAAAGGUUUUAGAUAUAGUGUCGAGGAAAGAUGAAAACGGAAAAAAAGUCUUAGAGUUUCUCAUACACUUUCAGGGCUGGAAUUCGACUUGGGAUAGAUUCGUUACCGAAGAAUACGUGUUAAAAGACACAGAGGAGAACCGAAAACUCCAGAGAGAGCUGGCAGAAAAGGCUCAGUUGACUGCGGGGUGUGGGAAUCUCUACAGAAAGCAUAUUAAGAAAAGGACGAGUGGGAGUGCUACGAGAAACAAAGACUGGUCAUCUAGGUUAAGUGCGUCAGGGGGUGCAGAUUCAGGGAGUGGAAGCCGAGGUAGCAGUGGUGUGCCCGCCGAGGGUACUAGCGGAGCAGCUGUGGCAUCUGCUCAGAAUCGUAAAGCGUCUGGGAAUGAUGAAAAAUCGGAUGAUGACUGGCCUCGGUUUGUCAUCAACUUCGUCAUUACACCAAGGAUGCGAACAUUCCUCGAAUCCGACUACAGUCGGAUCAAACAGGAGAAUCGGGUUGUUCGCUUACCUUGCUCCCCGACCGCGGUGGAGAUACUCCAGCUUUGGAUGACAGAAUACAUUUAUAGCAGAAUAAGGUUGAUGUGCUAUAAAAAAGGCCAGCUCAAGCCGGUACCUCCCAAUAAAACAUCAAACGUUACAAUAAAAAAUGUACUAACUCAUGCUAAUCUAUGUCAUGAAGUCGCUGAUGGUCUUAGAGUUUAUAUGGACUUCAUGCUUAAAACUGUCCUUUUGUAUGAUGAAGAAAGGACUCAGUAUAGAUGCUUUAUUCCUUCUGAUGAAUUCAAAAUCAAAAUUGAAGAUGAAAAGAUGGAAGUUGACGAAAUAAAACAGAUAGAUGAAAAAGUUAACGACAAUCCAGGGCUCUCCAGUAAAGAUAAGUUAUCAAUUAAGCACGUUAAAGAUAAACAACAUAAAGAAUCAAAUUGGGAGAAAUCGAAAGAAUCGCCAGUCAAAGAGAAGGUAUCAAAAGAGGUGAAAGAAUUAAUUAGAAAUCGUUUGAGGGAUUUACCUAAAGAAAAAGUCAAAGAAGAGAAAAAGGAUAAUGAUCAAUAUGAAGUUUGUAAUUCGCUGAGGGACGAUUAUGACAGGAGGAAGUCUUUGCGUCCCAGGCAGCAGACAGGCGAGGCUGUGACUUCGCCUCUUCCUCCGCCAAAACAAUCACACCCGCCGAUGUCGAGUCAGAAAGCCGUAAUGAUCGAGAAAAGGGCGAUUCUGCGUGGGAAAAUACGCUGCUCGGGCAACCGCAAUUCACAACCCGGGGCGAUUGAUAUUAGUGAACUACUAGGCCCUGCAGCAAACAAAGGUCCCGAACCGCUUUUGCUCCGUCCAAUGGCUAAAAAGGAUCGAGAGUUUCUGAAGAAAAUUUCCGAAAGGAAGCUUCUGCCAGAGACUUAUUGUGAGGAGAGAAAGCCGUCUUUUUUGUACGGCGCUGUGCAUUUGGCAAGAUCUUUAUUGAAAAUGCCGGAACUUUUGUCUACUGCUGAGUAUGACGAUGCAAAAGUGAACCUUCUGAUUGAAUUUCUAAAAAAUUUCAUGCAGUUUCUUGAGGAUCACCCCGAAUGGUUUUCUGAUGAUGUAUAUGUGCCGAACACUUUCGGCAUUGAUUUACUGCCGAUGCACGAUGACCAGGUGAAGAAGUUGAAGCUGACGACGAUCCCGUCGAAAAGCUCUGGACACAAAUCAUCACAUCCUCAGCAAUCCCCUUCUCUUUCUUGCCAGGCGCAGUCGCAUGAGAAAAAAGAGAUCUCUGUAUAAAAAAGAUAAAAAUAUUAACCAAUAAACUUUUCUAUCAAAACCCA